GACGUGCCAGACCUACAGCUUCGGCAAGACCAGCUCCUGCCACCUGUCCAUCGACGCCUCGCUCACCAAGCUCUUCGAGUGCAUGACCCUGGCCUACAGUGGGAAGUUGGUAUCUCCAAAGUGGAAGAAUUUCAAGGGCCUGAAGCUCCAGUGGAGAGAUAAGAUCCGGCUCAAUAACGCCAUCUGGCGGGCGUGGUACAUGCAGUAUUUGGAGAAGCGCAAGAAUCCUGUGUGCCACUUUGUCACUCCACUAGAUGGCUCUGUUGAAGUGGAUGAGCAUCGCCGACCAGAGGCCAUCACCACAGAAGGGAAGUACUGGAAAAGCCGCAUUGAGAUUGUGAUCAGGGAGUAUCACAAGUGGAGGACCUACUUCAAGAAAAGGCUACAGCAGCACAAGGAUGAGGACCUUUCCAGCCUGGCCCAGGAUGAUGACAUGCUUUAUUGGCACAAACGUGGGGAUGGAUGGAAGACCCCAGUCCCCAUGGAGGAGGACCCACUGCUGGACACAGACAUGCUCAUGUCAGAAUUCAGCGACACCCUCUUCUCCACACUUUCUUCACACCAGCCAGUGGCCUGGCCCAACCCACGGGAAAUCGCACAUCUGGGAAAUGCAGACAUGAUCCAGCCAGGGCUAAUUCCUUUGCAGCCCAACCUGGACUUCAUGGAUACUUUUGAACCUUUUCAGGACCUCUUCUCUUCCAGCCGCUCCAUUUUUGGCUCCAUGAUGCCUCCACCUGCCUCAGCCUCUACACCAGAUCCCAACAGCCCACCUGCUCAGGGGAGCAUCCUGCCAGCCUCUGCUCUCCCCACUGUGAGCCUUCCUGACAGCCUCAUUGCACCUCCUGCAGCUCCCUCCCUGGAUCCUGUGGAUGGGCAGGACUGCAAACAUGCACCCCCGACUGGGGACCCCUUUAUCCAACCCACAGACUUCGGUCCCUCUGAGCCACCACUGAGUGUCCCGCAGCCCUUCCUGCCCGUCUUCCCCAUGCCCCUGCUCUCUCCCAGUCCUGCCCUGGCGCCCAUCUCACCUACAUUGGUCCCUCCUCCUGCAACUUCCUUGAACCCCCCAGCCCCACCUGCCUUCCUGCAGCCACAGAAGUUUGCUGGAGUCACCAAAUCGUCCUCUGUCAUCACCCACACAGCCUCCGCCACUCUUACUCAUGACGCCUCUGCCACCACCUUCAGCCAGAGCCAGGGCCUUGUGAUCACAGCCCAUCACCCCGCCCCAUCUGUGUCCCCCUGUGGCUUGGCCAUGUCUCCUGUCACUCAGCCACCAGCUGUUGGGCCUCCCCAACCUCGUUUAACUUUUGUGCACCCCAAACCUGUAUCCUUGACUGUGGGGAGGCCCAAGCAGCCCCCCAAAAUAGUGCCUGCUCCAAAACCAGAACCUGUGUCCUUGGUGUUGAAGAAUGCCUGCAUUGCCCCUGCUGCCUUUCCCGGCCAGCCACAGGCAGUGAUUAUGACAUCAGGCCCUUUGAAGAGAGAAGGGAUGUUGGCCUCCACCGUGUCCCAGUCCAACGUGGUCAUCGCACCUGCUGCCAUUAGGGCUCCUGGAGUCACAGAGUUCCACAGUGGUAUCCUGGUGACAGACCUUGGCCAUGGCACGAGCAGCCAGCCCUCCCCGGUCUCCCGGCUCUUCUCUCCAAGUGCAAUGCAAGACUCCCUGGUGAAGAGCGAGCAGGUCCCACUACAUGGGGGCAGUCCCCAGGCCCCUGCCACAGGGUCCAGUCGAGACUGCCCGAACUCAGGGCAGGCCUCUCCGUGUGCGUCAGAACAAAGCCCCAGUCCUCAGUCUCCCCAGAACAACUCAGGGAAAUCUGCAGACCCCAAAACUGUGGCUGCAUUAAAGAACCGACAGAUGAAGCACAUUUCAGCUGAACAGAAAAGGCGCUUCAACAUCAAAAUGGGCUUUGACACCCUGAACAGUUUGAUCUGCAAUAAUUCCAAGCUGACCAGCCACGCCAUCACGCUGCAGAAGACGGUGGAGUACAUCACCAAGCUGCAGCAGGAGCGGGGCCAGAUGCAGGAGGAGGCCCGGCGGCUGCGUGAGGAGAUUGAGGAGCUCAACGCCACCAUCCUCUCCUGCCAGCAGCUGCUCCCUGCCACAGGAGUCCCUGUCACCCGGCGCCAGUUUGAUCACAUGAGAGACAUGUUUGACGAAUACGUGAAAAACAGGACCCUGCAGAAUUGGAAGUUCUGGAUUUUCAGCAUCAUCAUCAAGCCACUAUUUGAGUCAUUCAAGGGGAUGGUGUCCACCAGCAGCCUGGAGGAGCUGCACCGGACAGCACUGUCCUGGCUGGACCAGCACUGCUCCCUGCCCAUCCUCAGGCCAAGUGAGUGGGGCAGCGCCAGGGCUUCAUGCUGCUCCUGGAGAGAGGAAAGCCCUUAGCUGGCGGUGGUGCUUAGGAAAGUCCAGGUUCCGCUGCCAGCAGCCAGGCCAGCAGUCCCGGGGCAUGAGAACGAUGCUGCACAAGAGACCCUGAGCCUGAGGUGCCCCUGCAGGGCUGGGCGUGAGUCUCUGAGCGCCUCACCAUCAGCGGGGCUUUCAGUUUAACCAAAUCCAGCUUACAUUUAUUGAGCACCUACUAUUUUCCGGGCCCUGUAUCAUGUGUUCUUAUUUGUAUUUUCUUAUUCUUACAGCAGAUAAAAAGCUAUUCCCAUAAAUCAAGGUUAUGGAAGCUUAAUAUUAAAGCAGGUGGGGCAAACCCUGUGGCAGCAGGGAUAGCCUAGAAUCCUCCCCCUGUUUGUGACUCCUGCUAGGACUUCAAGCGUUACCUUGAAAGCAGAGGUGUGAGCAUUCGGGCUCAGCACAGGGCCUCCCUGAGCUCUGUGGCUGUCACUCUUUGGUGCCUGAGAAUCACCAUGGGGGGUGUGUGUGUGAAGCCUCGUACACUGGGCCGUGGUCUGUGUCCCCAGG